UGAUUACUUCAAUUCGUUUGAUGGCCACAAACUUAAUUAAUACAAUAAAAAACAAGAUCUGUUCAAUGGUAUCAGUUACAGUUAGACAGUCUCGUGAAUUAUUAAACGGCAGAAAUAUACGCAUGCACCUUGAAGAGCGGACCAAGUUCUUUAUUGAUCCCUCUGUAUUGAUAUUGGGUAAUUGGAGGGAGAACUAAGUGUCUCUGGCUUGUAUUGACUUUGACUGCAUGUAUAUAAUCGUGGAUUAUAACAAAUAAGGGAAUAAGAACGUGGAUUUAUGUUUGGAUAUUUUUAACGAUAUUUUCUUAACUUUUGUCGGAUUCUCCUGAUUUUAAGUCGUUGAUAAUAAUUGGCAAUUAGACAUUCCAACGUUUUCCAAACCUGCGCGAAACAUGAGAACAUUUAAAUUCCAUCCAUCGAUGCCUACGAAAGCUAAGGAGUCUGGGGCGGUUUCGCGGCCACUUCCGGCAUGGCUACGCUUCUACUUGUACGGCAUGCACGGGCUGCUGGACGAGAUCGUCUUUACGGCGCUGUUUGACUUCUUCUUCGAGCCCGAGGGGAACGCCAUGCUCAAGGGAUACUCCACCCUCUUCUCGUUCCUCAUCUACGGCAGCUGCAGUUUCGUUGUCGAGCGCGUUUACGUAUACUUAUAUCUACGUCACGGCGUUCAGUGGUAUAUCCGCUGGCCGUUAUAUCUGUGCAUCCUUUACACGUGGGAGUUUACGUUCGGGCUCGUGUUGCGUCAGUUCGACGCCUGCUCAUGGGACUACAGCCACUACCCCCUGAACGUGAUGGGGUUAAUAACAUUGGUGUACGCACCCGCGUGGCUCGUGCUCGUCGUUUACCAGGACGUGCUCGCCCACUUCCUGCUCUCUCUCAAGGUCACGACGGACGUUCAUAUGGAGGGGCUGCUCCAUAAGGUUGAUUGACCCCACCGCAGAUAACGAUAUAACACUUUGAGUCAAGUUUACAACACAGCUAAAAGAAAAUACUUGAGCGUAUACUACAGCGUAAUCAUGUACCGUCAACAUGUUUGGUACACAGAAUAAUUAUAUUUAGGAAAACGUUACUGUAGAACUGCUCAGAAAAAAACAACACUAUGCAUAUCAACGGUAACAAUGGUAUGGCAUAGCGUCAUGUAGGGGCGGGACACAAAUCACCAAAAUGGCACGUGUUGACACGUGCAGUAGUCGUUUAUUUUAUAUGCAUCUUUGUGCAUUAUCCAUGACAAGUUGUUCAAAUUUAUUUUAGAGUGUUCAUUAUGUGUGAUAAUAAGUGUUUGCUGAGGCAAUAAUUCUAGUGUUGUGAGGACAAUCAUGCUCGUGUUUGGUUCUGUGCAAACUUUCAACCUACAAGUGGAAUAUCAAAGUUAAAAUAGCAUUGCAUUUGCUGGAAACGUGUUUUACUUCAAGCAUAAAUGGCUUUAUAGAACAUUAUAAUUUCUUGUAGAUUAUAACACUUUUUUUCGUGAAUUUCUUUUGAAUUUUUGAAAUUAAACUAAUAGUUAUUGUGAUCCACAUAAUUGCAUAAAUUUAUUUUUUAUCAGAAUUUUAAAACAGCACAACGAAAGUUUUCUGGCACAUUGUGGUAGUGGGGUAUUAUGUUCUGAUAGAAUAAUUGUUAAUUAUUGUUGAUUUUCCAUACAUUAUGUGGAUAUAUAUUAUUACUAUGCAUAUUAUUUUAAAUAUACACACCAAAACAUGCUAGAAGUUUACAAAAUCAUGAAAGUAUGCAAAACCAUAAACCUAUAAGACCUGGGGUGGUAUUCAUAAAACUUCUUAAGUCUUUUCGUAACUUAUGUCACUUUCCUAAUUUUAUUAUCUCUAAAGUCUUAUGAAAUAAAAAUGGAAGAAUUUCCAAAAAACAUUAUUUCUAUUGACUUGUUGGAAAAAAACACAUAAUUUAAUGUUAAAAUCACUUAUACAUUUCUUUUUAUUCGACAUUGGAAAUGUUAAGAAAUUGACUUAAGCUAGGAAAUCACUUGAGAAGUAUUACGAAUACCGCCUCAGAUGCCUAAAAAUUAACUAAACGUAAAAGGUGCUGAAAUUUUAUGCUUCUCACAUUCAAUACAUGCCAGAUGGUUUUGUUGAGGUAAAGAAUUUUAUCACUUAUGUUCCGAAUACUAUUAUUGAGGAAAAGAGAGUGUACAUGUAUGUAUUUUAAAAUUAGGUGAUAAACAUUCACUCUUCAAUAAGAAUUCCAAAUAAAUCAAUGUUUACCUGAUCGUGAAACAUGGCCCUCAAUUUCUUAAGUUAAAGUUAAAGAGUUUGUACAUUGUAUGUAUACUAGCGGAAAAAGAGAUUGUGAAUUAUACAAAAAAUAAUACAGGAAAUCUGCCAAAAAUAAUGUAAUGGUGUUCAAUGCUUACAUGAUUACAUGAUGUAAACUUCUCUAUAAUAAGACAAAGAAAUGUAACUGAUGUAGAGAGAGAGGUACUUUGGCAAAGCAUGAGACAAUUUCCAAAAUUAAGUUAUCUUAAAAACUGGCUAUUUCUGGGGAUAUCAAAGAACUAGUAUAUUUUUGUUAGCAGUGUUUCUUUAUUCCGAUUGUAUAAUCUAAUUAAAAUAUAAAUGAUUUCUUUGAUAUAAGUUCAUGCAUUUUGAAUUGAAGACUGAAUUGAUUAAAAGUACAGAGUUGAUCAUAACAUUAUUCUGUAAAAAAAGAAUGUUUUGAGUUAUCAAUAUUUAGAAUUACACUCGACUGAAUAUAAAUAUAAGAUAGACUAGCGGAAAAGAGAAACAGUGCUUAAAUAAAAUUUGUCUAAAAUAAAAUCAAGCCUUUCUAUGAUCAAAUCAUAUUUACCGUAAUCAACUAUAUGAGACUUAAAUAAACAAUACCUAAGCUAUAAGAAACUAUUUUCAGAUAAAGACAUCUUUAAAAAUUGCCAUUUCUAGGGUAUUUUCAGAACAGGUAUACGAAUAUUUCUGUAUGCACAGUUUCUUUUUCUGCUAGUAUACUUCUGAGUAGAGCAAGAACAAGACUGUUUUGUUUCAGUAUUUUGAUUAUUGUUGUUUUAA